AUGGACGAGGCACAUCAACACUACCAAAAGCUCAAGCAGGAGCUCCAGGAGGCAUUGGUGGACCGUGAGACCCUGGAAAAGCAAUGGGACCAAAUUCAGCAGGAAAUUUUCGAUAAGGAAAGUGCUUACCUUACCGGUAAUAGCUCUAGCCAGUAUGGAACCAUUGUGAAAGGAUUUGACGCCUUUGGUAAGCACAUCCACGAUUCAGCGCACGCUUUCAGCGACAAGGACCGCAUUUUCUCUCUGAGUAGUGCCCGGUUCGUUAAGCAGCAAGAAGGCGACGAUAAGGGAGGCGAUGGACAAGCGUAA